UCAAGCGCGAGAUUAGAGCAGGCCGGGGUUAAGAUGGCGGCGCCCGUGCUAAGAGUGUCUGUGCCGCGGUGGGAGAGCGGGGCCCGGUAUAUUGUGUGCGUGCUGGGAAUCCUGCUAUCCAUUUACGCCUACCACGUGGAGAGGGAAAAGGAGAGGGACCCUGGGUACCAAGCCAUGUGCGAUCUCAGCGAGUGGGUGCGCUGCUCUAACGUCCUGUCAUCCAGAUGGGGUCGAGGAUUUGGCGUUUUGGGCUCCAUAUUUGGAAAGGACAGUGUAUUGAAUCAGCCAAACAGUGUCUUCGGACUUGUGUUUUAUUUUCUACAAGUUCUGCUUGGUAUGACUGUGAGUGCCGUAGCAGCUUUGUUUCUGAUGACUUCCUCUAUAGUGUCUGUUGUGGGGUCCCUUUACCUUGCAUACAUCUUGUACUUUGUGUUGAAGGACCUUUGUGUUAUCUGCAUCACCACCUAUUUGCUGAACUUCAUUCUCCUUAUCAUCAACUACAAACGAUUAGUUUACUUGAAUGAUGCCUGGAAGAGGCACCUGCAGGAUAAACAGGAAUGAGGGGCAACUUGAACUCACUUCUGAAGGACACCGCUUCCUUAAUGUUUAUUUUGCAGUACAUUUUAUUGGUUGGGGACAGUUUCAAAGAAAAAGAACAAUCCUUUUUUUUUUUUUUUUUUUUUUUUUUUUUUUUUUUUUUUUUUUUUUUUUGUAUUCCUUUCGACUGAACGGGCCCUGGAUAUAUGUGUAUAUUUGUUAUGGCACCUCUAAUAUGAGAAGGAUGGAUGUAAGAGUGUGGAUAAUUUAACUGAAUGACAAGCUUUAACUGUACUUAUCAAUGGUGAUUUAUUUUUUCUCUUUUUAAAGACACAUUUUGUUAUAAUUAUUGCUGGCAACAGCUUGUUCUCGUGUGCCUCCCUUUGUCUUGUAUGUAUGUGUCAAACCUCCAAUGCGGGUAUUUUUUGAGGAAAUGUAAUCUUGUUUAUAGUCAAUUGGUUCGAAUAUUUAACGUUGCCAUAUUGCUUUGGCUGUUGGUAAUUUCCUUAUGUCCAUACGGAACAAUAGAUUUGGCCAAAUGUCUUA